GAUAACCUGGAGCACAGCCUGUUCGUGAACCACCAACCCACAAGGGGAAAGGCCCCCGGAAGAGGAACAAGCCACGAGGAGCGCAACGGAACCGCGAGAAGCGCCACCCACCAAACGAAUUCGCCCCCUCCAAAAACGAGCACCAAAGCCUCGCAGCGCGCCUCGCGCUUCCCCUCCUCGCCGUCUCGAGUCCGCGCGGGCGGCCGGGGCGGACCGGAUCCCGCGCCAUGGCGGAGGGCUUCGGCCGGUGGGAGUCGGAUCCGCUCUUCCCCGCCGCCGAGUGCGUGCAGGACUCCGCCGACAGGAUGGAGGGUGUCUACCGCCUGCUCCUGCAUGAAAGGAAAGUUAUGCAGGAUGGCACUUCAGAUGCAAAGCUUCAUGCUCCGAUACAGUACGAGAGAGAUGUGAUUACUGCUCUUGGAACUACCAAAUGGCAGCUGGAGCAAUUUGAGAGGGAGGUAAAUGCAGCUGCAUUCUCUGACAAGUCAAAGACGAGAGAAAAUGCAAUCUUAAAAUUUAGACAAUUCAUUAGAGCUAUUGCGGAGCAGAUUUCUCAGGUGGAAGAAAGUUUGGAGAAUCUUAGCAUCGGUUCUAAUAGAACUCCAAAACAUUUACACUCUAGUGAAUAUGAUGGAGAUGGACUGGCAUCCUUUCUUUCUGGUACCAGCAAGGAUGACCAUGUGUAUCAUUCCACUAGUGCAGAUGAAAUUGUUGAGCUUAAGCUCGACGAUGUACCUUUGGUAAGUGGCUAUCAUUCCACCCAAGAACAUAGAACAUAUGAACACAAGAAUUCAGAAAAAGAUGUGGAAGGAGCAGGCAAGCUUAAAUGUUCAUGUGGAGAAAAUGCAUGUGAAGGGGGUCAUAACAAUAGCAGUAUGUAUAGUUUGGACGCUGAUGAUUCUGUAGGUAGGAGACUCUUUGACAAAAACAAACUGAGUAGGCAAUACCGUAGUUUUAUAAGAAACUUAUGGUUUACAAAGCGGGGUCGUGAAAGCUUUACAAAGAGGAGGAAGGAUGGAGAAGAUAUGGAUAGCUUGAGAAAUGGACACACACUACCUUCCUUCAAUCUACCGCAAUCUGGAAGGGCUAUGUAUUUCUGGCCAGAGGUCAUCAAGGGGAGAUUAAGUAGAUCUGAGUAUUUUACAGAUCGUAAUCGUCCUCAGAUACGUUUGGUGACAUCAGUACUAAUUGCACUAGCUGUUCUCUGCCAGGAUAAUUUUCAUGAGAUCUGCCCUCCCAUUUAUCUGAGGUGAUUAUGUGCAUGCAGGCUUGCUGGUAUCCCAUGUGAGGUGACUGUGAAUCGAGUUUUGGUUGCUGUUAUGUUAUGUAUUACCACGGUCCAUGGUGUACUCUACCAAUCAUAUGAUGUGCUGUGUGAUGGUUUCUGAUGGAGAAGGAUCCAUUAUUCUUCUGAAGAAUCUCAAUGCUAUGCUCCAAAUUGUCAUGCCAUGCAGACAAAGUUUUUUUUUCCCGAUAAGAGACACAGGUUUGAAAAAAUCUUUGUGCAGUUGAUAGUUGUGGUCUCUUGUGAUUAGCGUGACCUGUCAUCAACACAACACUUCGAAAAAAAGUUCACUAAUCCAUGUCUUUUAGUCAACUGUGCAACAUGAUCUAUUGUAGUGUUCACUCGUCCUGCUGGUAUAACUAAGAAUUGCCAGAUCGGCGAGAUUGAAUUUGGAGUGUAGAUUUUCUGGGGAGCAGUUCCCUUGUGUAUUAUUUUGUUAUGAAAGGGAAGCCUGAACUGAAUCAAAAUGGUUCAGUGUAUUGUACCUGGUUUGUAAGCUGUAACUGCCUCCAACUGAGAUAUUGUAUUAAAUUUGGUUUCUUGUGGACCU